ACUUCACCAUGGAGACGCCUCUCCACAUGUCAUCGCACAUAUUCAUGAAUAAAAAAUAUAGCUAAUGAUUACGCAUUUGCAUACAGCGGCACAAUAUUCGUAUUAUCUUCAAACAACUACUUUGAUAAGCUGAAAACCUGUCGGAAGUAAAAAAUGUAAGUGGUUUGGAUAGUAGGACUGUCGGCUACCCAAUGGAAAUAUUGAUCCUGAGAGGGAAAAGGGCACAACCGAGUUGUACGCUGUGCAGUGCGCAUCGUGCACUGAGUUUUCGUUGAUGAAUUUGUUGUGAUCGUGCGAUACAUCACAGUGCGGUGAAAUUAUUUAUUCACACUGAAGUCAUUAAUAGACAAAUCAUUUUCUCCCAUUCACGUUUUUAUUUUAUUCCUCUGAAAAAAUAUGGAUAAUUGAGAGACUCGUUCGUGGUGAUGAUGGGAUGAACAGUGACGUCAACGAUAAUUGUUAAUAAAAGCCCAACAAACAGUGAAAAAUAAACAUUUACAAAGUUUGAAAGACGAUUUUACUACUGAAGUGAGGGGCUACUGGCUGUGAGUUCAGUUUCCACACAUGUAAUGAGGCCAGUUACUCAGCGAUAACGAAACAUAUGUUAAUACUGCUGAUAGAUAAUAUGAGAAUAAUUCAGCAACGUGAGAAUGUGGGGCUCUCAUUGUCAAAUAGUCGAGUGAAGUGGGGAGUAAUCAUCCAAGGGUGACAUUUGGAGAAUUUCAUUGAUGAUUAAUUUGAGGCGGAACGUGUACCCCAAUGCUUUCGCAUAUUUUUUUUUAAUAUCCAGGAUGAAAGAACUCAUCAUUGAGCAAUGAACAAUAUAUUAUCAAAAAUUUGCACAGAGAGACCUGAGAAUGACAUCUGAAAAAUUUAAUGGAUAAUUAAUUUGUUGAGUAAUGUUUGAACCUGAAUCUUUCGCACAAAACAUUUUCUAAUAUUCAGAAGGAAACGACUCAUUAUUGAACCACGAACAAGACAAAUUAAGAGUACCACGAAGACAUUUAACGAAAUAAAAUAAUAAUUCAUCCAUUAACGGACAAUUAAUUAACAAUACUGUGACCGUGAAAUUGAUUCCCUAAAUUUUUAGAUAUCCAAGAUGAAAUAAAUUUACAUCAACAAUUAAUAAAUAAGAAAAAUGUUCGAAAUUGCACCCACUUGUGAAAGCACCUGAAUGAUAGAUCACUGAUCAGUUGAUUAAUUAUCCUCACCAAAAUGCCGUUGCCGAAUCUCCUGCGAAAGGCGAGCAACUACAUCCUGGGUGAGAGCACCCAAGACCGAAAGAUCCUCUACCAAGACGGUGAAGCCCUCUUCUGCAAGAACAACGUCUGUGUGCACCCACCGAUGAGGCAGCAUUGCGACGUGGUACAUCAUCCAGGAUACCUCACCAUCACCUGCCGAAUCGGAGAGUGCACCGAGAUGCCGAGCCUCCACCUCUCUUGGAUUCCCAACAGCACCUUGAGGAAACACCCCACGACAUUGGAAAAUCUCACCCCCAAACGCAGUCUGUCAUCGGAAGGAACUGCUCUGCACGGAAAGAUCGCCGAGGAAGAGGGGAAUUCUGAGAAGCUGGACGUUUGCCUAGAGGUGAAAGAGCCUGUUGACUGCAAGGACUGCGAGAGGAUAUGCUCCGGGGGGUGUGUAGAAAGCCUCCAAGGCCCCAAGUUAGGUAGUUCUGAGCAGAAAGUGACGAGUGAAAGCUUGAGGGACGAAAUUAAAAAUCACGAGGAUGAGGGGAUUAUCCUGAGUCGAUUGAGAUCUGAGUCUAUUGACUCGGCAUCACUGGACAGUGGCACUUACGCUCAUUUGGCCUCAAUGAAGAGCAGAAGUGUGUCGCUGACCUCCUGCAAUUUAUCCCUGAACAGUUCCAACGACCAUGACUUCCCCACGUGGAUGAGAUCCCCAGAAUUACUCGCUCUUCAGCAUAAUCUGACCUUUCCGGAGAGUGCAACGGCUUCGCCGGUCACUGUCAGAAGGGCUCACGCUUGUCGAAGAUUCUCGGUAGAUCUCGCCCAGAUGAGGUCAUUGAGGCUGUUCUUCGCGGAUCCGGGGUGCACCUGUGGACAACUGGUCGUCGCGAGCAGGGAGAGCCAGUACAAGAUUCUGCAUUUUCAUCAUGGGGGGCUCGAUAGACUCGCGAGCACUCUCCAUCAGUGGCAUCAGCUGCUCUACCCGAGGCCGGAGGAGGCUCCUGAUACUGAGGGUAGUCUUCCCUAUAGACAUUUCAUGGUAUGCAGACCAGAAGUGGCUCGAGAUGAACUGCACCCAGAGGAGGGUCAAGUGCCCAUGAUCACCUCAUUAGCGUGGAAAGAUUUGCUAAAUGAGAGGGGCCAGGUGGAGGACGAUCUGGCCCUCCGGAAGGGCAUCUUUUUCGGUGGCUUAGAGCCCGCGUUGCGCAAAAUAGUCUGGCCUUUCUUGCUCCACUGCUAUUCCUAUCAGAGCACUUACGACGAUCGGGAACAAAUCGACGCGAUUAGGAGACAGGAGUAUGAGGAGAUCGAGCGACGCAGGGGCUCUAUGAAUCCUGAGGAGGCGGAGCAUUUCUGGAGAAAUGUCGUUUGCAUCGUGGAGAAGGAUGUCGUCAGGACCGACCGGGCUAACCCGUACUACGCCGGCGAGGAUAAUCCUAAUAUUCGUGUGAUGAAGAACAUUCUGCUGAAUUACGCUGUCUAUAACGCUCACUUAGGCUACACCCAAGGAAUGUCAGACCUCUUGGCCCCCCUCCUGGCAGAAUUGAACUCAGAAACCGAUGCCUUCUGGUGCUUCGCUGGUCUGAUGCAGCGCUCGGUGGCGGUCUGCACCCCGACCGACACAGAUAUGGACAAGAAUUUGUGUUACCUCAGAGAAUUGAUAAAACUCAUGGUCCCAGAUUUCUACGCUCACCUCGAGAGGCACACCGAUGCCCUAGAACUUUUAUUCUGCCACCGAUGGAUCCUACUGUGCCUCAAGAGAGAAUUUCCAACGGAGACAGCUCUCGUCAUGUGGGAGGCCUGCUGGGUCAACUACCUGACCGACUACUUUCACUUGUUCCUCUGCUUGGCUAUCAUGUGCAUCUACGCAGACGAUGUUAUCGCCCAGGACCUCAGGACUGAUGAGAUGCUUCUGCACUUCAGUUCACUCGCUAUGUACAUGGAUGGUAACGUCAUCCUGAGGAAAGCGAGGGGUUUAUUGUACCAGUUUAGACAGCUCGAUCGCUUGCCCUGCACUGUUGCUGGAUUAUGCCGUCAGUGUGGGCCUGGCAUGUGGGACAGCAGUCACAAUCCUGUUAUUGAAUGUCUCGAUCAUGAGGCUGUCGGCUGUCCUUUUUUGGAGAAGUAUCAGGGCCUCAAGUAUUAAGGUAGAAAUUUAAAAAAAAAAGUAUUAAAGUUAUUCAAGUGCCGUUUACAGUCGAUCCAUGGAUGCCAUCAUUUGGUGUCACGAUUUUAAUUCACGAAAAAAUCGCGGAUAUAAAAGUAUGGGAUAAUAUCACAAAAAAAAGAUUCACGAGGGACUAUAAUUGACCAAACUAUCCAAAUGAAAUAUCAAAAAAUAUUUCGUGACAUUUUUUUACUGAUAUUGCGACUGAUUUUUUUUCGUGAUUUUUUAUCUGCGAAAUUUUGUGGAACGUGAUGUAAAGUUGUGACACCUAUCAUUCGCUGGAAGACCCUAGUAAUUUAUUCUAACAAUUCUGUUGGUUUUGGGACAAACAAAAUUAUAAAGUACAUAAAAUUUCUCCUCAUUCUAAUCAAUUGCCAGCAGAAUUCUUUGGAUAAAAUGCUAGUUUUGCCUGUUAUCUCGUCACACGUGUAUUGAUCCCUGUGAAUCUGAGUUUUAAUUGUUCUAAAAAAAUCUAGAUUAUUUGUUUCACCUCCAUUCCAUUACCUCGUGCAAAGGAAAUUUUGUUAUUGAUAUGUAGCGAGUAAUGGAAGAAUCUUCUUUCACUUCAUCAUUCAUUGACGCAAGCACCCCUCGCUUCGGUUAUCCAAUCAUUUUUUAAUUAAACCGUGCCUCCCCCAAGGAGAAUUAUUCAACCGCAAGGUAAGACUGACCGGAAAACCAAAGACCAAAAAGUUAAUAUUAUAAAAGUGCCCGUAAUUGAAGCACAAAUUUUAAAAUGCUCAGUGAAUUCGCCAUAUUGAACAACAAUCUCAAUAAUGUGGAGGCUCAAGACUAUCGUCGAUGGUCAAAAUAUCAAUGGAGAUGGACGGUGAAUGCAGUAAUCAAAUAUUUGAGUUACUGAAAUUAAUUUUCCGAUAUAAUUACGAAUUCAUUCCUAAUCUAUGGUGAGAAGCAUUGAUACCGCUUUUAUCAUGAAUCACACGCAUGAAAAAAAAUCAUAAAAAUAUCUUGCGUUUUUUUAUGAGAAAGCGCUAGAUUUUUGAGAUUUUUUUUAUUUGUACUCAUCUCCGCACGCUGAUAGAUCACUUCAUGAUGGAUCCACUGUUAUCAAUGUGACGUGUUCAAGUUUCUGGCAAGAGUGCAUGAAAGAUUAUAAAUAAUCCUGUAACCUUCCUGCUACAGGCGAAUUUAUUGAGAACAUCACUCAGAGAAAUGCUUCGUUUCACUCAAAUGAAUGUUUUUUUUUUACUUCUGCAAAACGAUUCCUCGAUCCAAAUACUGAUUCUAUUAUUUAAAAAUGUAAUGAUAAUUAAAAAAUAAAUAGAACUAAUUUUUUAACAUUAUCAUUUACUUGGAGUUAAUGAGUCAUUCAUUUCUUCUAUUUGAAAUUUUGUUAAAGAACGUGAAUAACGAGAUUUUAUUUUCCAACAAAAAUAUUGAUCAAGCUAAAAUUUUAAACAGAAUAUCGCUCGACGAGAGUGUGCAUUUGUCUGCGAGUAGAAUUAAAUCAAAGAGCAAUAACAGUAAUGAGGAGAAUUUAUGCAUGUGCCUGGUCACCGAAAAAAUCAUUGAUGAAUCGUCCAUUAUAUGUCUCUUUCAUCACCAAAUAUCAAAGUCUUUUUCAGUGUGUUUUUAUGUAUCAUCUUGUGUUCUUGUUGUUUAAUCGUGAAACUAAGAAAAAUGUAUAUUGUACGAUUGAUGAAUGAAGUCAAUGGAAAAUAAAGAGAUAAAAUGUAUAUUAUUGAAUUAUUGCAAAUAAAACAAUUGGAAAGUA